GUGGACUCAAAUAGUUCAUCUUCAACCCUUAAUUUGCUUCUAAAUCCGCCAUAUCAAGACUGGCCUUCAAGAUUCAAGAACACACAACUCUUAAGCUCACAAAUUAAUGGCGGCUUUGCCAAGAUCAGAAGUUUCGUUUAGAAGGCAAGGCUCAUCAGGGUUGGUUUGGGAUGACAAGCUUUUAUCCGGUGAGCUGAAGAAAAUCUCAACCAAAGAUGAAGGCGGGGAUCAGACGAAGGAGGCGGCGAAACCCUCCUCCGUCCAACGUAGCCGCUCGUCCGGCGGCGGUCGGGGUUUCCGUUCGACCGAGAUUAAGCCGUCGUAUGACCCUCCUUCUCCCAAGGUGUCUGGUUGUGGCAUCUGCGGCAUGUUUGGGAAGCCGGUAGAUUCUAAACAACAACCGUCCAGAAAAGCCGCCGCCCACCGUCCUCACCGUAGAUAGAUAAUCAUAGCUUAGUGGGAUUGCUUUCUUCAACCUUCAUCGCCGCCAUGCACAUGUAUGCUUUCAUUUCUUUUUCCUCUUUUCUUUUUAUGGGUAUUUUUUGUGGUAUGUGUAAUAGCAUUGAAGUUUGUGAUUGUGAGAGUUUUUGUUGUCUUUCUAUGUAUGGCAAGAACACCAUCAAUCAUCAUAGAUAAAAACAAUAUGAAUUAAAGCAUCUUUGUCGUUUCUUCUCCUU